ACUGUGUCCUCACAUUCAUCUCCAAACCAGAUCUCAAGGAACACUGCUUUAAAGGCCACAAUCCCAGCACUGCCCUCGACGACAAGUUCGAUAUCACAAACUUUGUGGUUCCCGAUGAGGAGAAGCAGUUGUGUGUCAGGGCUCGCGAGGAGGAGCUCUUCACACCGUUUUUGCCUACUGUUGCCAAUAAUAGCGAUGCGCCUAACGCUGCGACCACUGAUGAUAAUGAGCCGAAUUGCGAGUUGAGUUGUGAGCCGAGCAUUGAUGAUUUGUUGUCCAUAGAGCCCGAAUGCUUCAUCAGUUUCAACGAAAACAGCCCACCCCUUGACAACAUCAUUGUUGCCGUAGAUUAUGAUUAUAACGAACAACAGUUAACCCAAAUUUUGUCGACGAGUUUCCAAUUGAAACCCGUGUCCGAAGACGUGGAGGAAGGCAUCAAAACUGAGAUAUUGUUCAACGAUAAGACAGUGCUGUGCAUGGAAUGCAAUACUA